ACGGGGCCCCCGGCUCACCCUCCUCUCCUUGUCUGUCGGUGUCCAUGGAGAUGGCGGAAUGUGACACACUUAAUGAGCAUCUCCUUUCAUCUCUGUUGCCAUGGCGACAGCUCAGCGGCACAGCAGCCCUCUUGAAAACGCUUUUUGUCUCGGUUUUAUUCCUCCGCUCGCCUGGAAGGGAACUCGCGUCGUGCCCUAAUGUGACCUUCCUUGACGGAGGGGUCCUUUAGGGUUGCGAGUGUACGUGUUUUGCGGUACUAAAAUGUAUUGUAUGUAAAAAAAAAAAAAAAAAAAUUUUUAAUGAUACGAAAACCUUUUGUCACCACUAAAAGUUUCAGCGCCGGUGACAAGUUUUGGAAGCCUUUAUAGGGGGCUAACUGGCCUUCAUUGACGGUGCCGGACGUCCAAUACAUUUUGACCGGGAGGGGCAAAUGACCUAACGUUCAAUUGCUGCCGGACUUCAAAAAUGCCGAUCAACGGUUCGGGGGAACGAGCAGACGGGAGGUGGCGAGGGAUGUCGGAUUGUCGGCGGGCCGUAAAACGCCGCGUCCGUCGUCACGUGACUGCCGAGCCGGAGACGCAGAACAAAGGAGAAAUUGAGCGACGGCGCGUGAACGCUCGUGACUUUCUCCCAGCGAUGUCAUUUCCCGCCCGUCCGAGGCCGGCGCCCGUCGACACGGUGGCAUCAAAAGGCUUUUCAGAUGGAUGGAGACAAAUUGCUCAACACGCAGGAAACGGUGACGGUCUGUCCAUUUUCUCCGCUUGGUUCGCUUUUUCUAGGUCACGCCACAGAGACAAGAAGUCAACUAUGUCUCCCAGUUGGACACUUCAGGACUACAAGGAGAGAGAGAAAGAGGUGGUCCUCGCCUUCCGGGUGAAUCUGAGCGACAGCGGUCAAAUCCGGGCAACCCUAGAGACUUCCGACCUCAUGGAGAACGUCUCCGGAUACGCGGCGCAGAUCUCCGGCGAAGCUCGGCCGACCGUGAUCCCGUUCCGGGGGCCCGGCGAGCCCUUGCUGUUCGACGCCUCCGUCCACGGUCUGUGCUACAGCGUGGGCCUGCUGCUCCGGCGAGGGACGCUGUGGUCCGGACCCGUUAAGACCACGCUCGUCCUGACCAAGCCGCUCGCUGUGAGCGGCGUGCAGAUUUCCGACUACAAGGAAUCCCCAGAGACCGGCGUGGUGUUUGACAUCCAAACACCGAGCGGAAGCAUUUUCAGUCGAGUCAACAUCAGCUACAGCGAAGGGAGCGAGAGGCACUUCAUGCUGUACAAAGACUUCCACAAGGGCAAGACGGUGUUCAAGCACUGGUUACCGGGCGUGUGCUACCGCAACAUCACUUUCCAGCUCAUUUCCGAGGCCAGCGUCUCCCAGGUGGCCCUAAAGACUCAGAGCGACGUCACUCACGUGCCGGUUCAUUACAGGACGGUGCCGUAUCCCCCCGUCGGCAUCUCCUGGAAGAUCGUAGACUUGAGCCAAAGCCCGACGCAGGAAAGCCGACGGUCCGGCCGACGUUCCCGUAACGUCCCGCCGACGGACGAGGAUCUGGCCGAGCCGGCGGCCCGCGCCGAGGAAGCGUCGCGCAACCGGAGCGCCGCCGCCCAACUCGCGUUCGACGGAGAGGACGAGUUCGUCAACGGCGAGGCGCGCGAGUACGAGGACUCCGGCGACGCGGGGUCGGCGACGGGUCUGCCCGCCGAGUCUCGGGUCCAGCCGGCGAAGAUGCCCCCCGUCUUGCUGGAGGUGCGAUGGCUGCCCCCGCGAGCGCCCACCAGCUACGAUGGUUUCAAUGUCUACGUCUGCCGAGACGGUAACGCGACGCAAAUGGCCAGCGUGGACGAGAGCACUCGCGAGUUCUUCGCCGAGCUGACCGAGGCGGGAACUUACGGCGUCGAGGUCGCCACGCUCAGCGCGGCGGGAGAAUGCGAGGCCAGAGAGAGCGCCGCGGACGCCGGCUUCUCCUUCUACCUCGGACCCGACGGCCAGGUCCUGACCGAGCCGCGGCAGCGGCCCCGCGCCGUCACGGUGCACUUGCUGGACUCCGGCACGGCGGCCGUGUCUUGGGCGCCGUCCUCGGAGAACCGCGACGGCAGCGUCGUGUCGGUGGUUUCCACCACCUGCCUGAAGCCCGGCCCGAGCCAGAGGAUGGAGAGCAACUACUGCGGCGAGGAGAAUUCAACCAGCGACAUCAUCUACAACCUGACGCCCGGGGCUCAGUACCGCGUGGUGGUCUACCACACUAACGGACCUCUCGUCAGCCCUCCCUCAGAGCCGGUCAUCGUGGAUAUUGAGCCCACGGGCGUCCGAGAGCUGACCGUGUACCCGCUGGGCCCCACGGCCGUCAUCCUGAGCUGGCAGCGUCCCUAUCACGUGGCCUUCCGCAAGUACGUCCUCCAGACCUUCUUUUUCAACCCCGUCACCCUGAGCUCCGAGUGGACCACCUACUACGAGAUCGCCGCCACCGCCUCGGUCAUCGCCUCCGUGAGAGUGACGGAUCUGCUGCCGGCUUGGUACUAUAACUUCCGCGUGACCAUGGUGACGUGGGGCGAGCCGCCGCUGAGUUGCUGCGACGGAUCCGCCGUCAGCUUCGUCACAGCUCCCGAGGCGCCUCACAUCUCCUCGGCGGAUUACUCCCACGGGGUCCUGUUUGUUCGCUGGACCUACGGGGAAGUCUUCGUGGACUUGUCGCAUUCCAGGAUCACGCACUGGCAGGUGUCGGCGGUCGGCAAGAAAGGCCCCGAGAGGAGCUACUCGGUGGACGUGACCCGAAACGCCAUGCGCGCCGGCCUGCCUCUGCCGCCCGGCGACAUCUACAACCUGACGGUGACGGCUUGCACGGAGCACGGCCGGAACGCGUCCGUCCCGAGCGUCGUCAAACUGGAACCGGCUCCGCCCAAGUCGGUGUACGCCGUCAACGCCACGCACUCGUCGGUGACGCUGCUGUGGAGCGAGGACGGCGUGGCGGACCAUUACCAGGUGCUGUGCAAACCCAGCGCCGGCGGCGAGGAAGCCAAGGUCCGAGAGCCUCUGCUGUCCGGCUCGCGCGUGCUGACCGUUUCCGGCCUGACGCCGUCGUCCAGCUACAACUGCAGCGUCGUCAGCUUCAGCUACGGCACGCCCAGCGAGCCGGCCCACGUCACCGUCACCACCGCCGCCAAAGAGAUGAACCCCGGCGUGGCGGCCAUCUCGGCUUUGGCCGUCCUGAGCGUCUCGCUGUUCGGCCUGCUGGUUCUCUUCCUGCUCCUUCUUCGCAAAAAGCACUCGCAGAUAAGCAGGGAGUGCGGCGCCGAGACGUUUGUCAAUUUCGCCUCCUUCGAAAGAGACGGGAAGCUGCCUUACAACUGGCGAAGAAGCCUCUUUGCCUUCCUUACCCUUCUGCCAUCCUGCCUUUGGACUGACUAUCUUUUGGCUUUUUAUAUUAAUCCCUGGGGCAAGACGGCUUUAAAGAAACGAAAACUGACAAGUCCCGUCCAGCUGGACGACUUUGAGGCUUACUUCAAGGAGAUGAGCAAAGAUUCGGCCUACAAGUUCUCGCUGCAGUUUGAGGAGCUGAAGAGCGUCGGGACGGACCUCUCGCACGACGCGGCAGACCUACCCGUCAACAGACCCAAGAACCGAUACACCAACAUCCUGCCGUACGACUUCAGUCGGGUGCGCCUGAUCUCCUUGCACGACGACGAAGGCGCCGACUACAUCAACGCCAACUACAUCCCCGGUUACAAACACCCCAAAGAGUACAUCGCCACGCAGGGCCCGCUGCCGGAGACGCGCGACGACUUUUGGAAGAUGGUCCUUCAGCAGAAGUCGCCCAUCGUGGUCAUGCUGACGCAGUGCAACGAGCGGCGGAGGGUCAAGUGCGACCACUACUGGCCGUUCGGCGACGAGCCCGUCACGUACGGCGAGAUCAGCGUGGAGAUGCUGUCGGAAAACGAGGCGCCCGAGUGGACCGUCAGGAAGUUCAGGCUGGGAUACGCGGACGAGAGCCGGGACGUCGUGCACUUCAACUACACGUCGUGGCCCGACCACGGCGUGCCCACCGUCAACGCCAUCGAGAGCAUCCUGCACUUCGUCCGCAUGGUGCGGCAGCAGGCCGACGGGACCAAGGAGCCCGUCGUGGUCCACUGCAGCGCGGGCGUAGGUCGGACGGGCACCUUCGUGGCGCUGGACCGCCUGAUGCAGCACAUCCGGGAGCACGAGUUCGCCGACGUCCUGGGCCUGGUGUCGGAGAUGCGCUCGCACCGCCUGUCCAUGGUGCAGACGGAGGAGCAGUACGUCUUCAUCCACCAGUGCGUCCUGCUCAUGUGGCAGAAGAAGCGGCGGCACUCGCCGGCCUCCGACGUGGUCUUCGAGAACGCCGGCAAGACAUAGCUCCCUCCGCGGCCGCCCGCCGCCGCACACGCCAAGAGAGCUUUGGACUUCUGCCUUAUGACGACGGAGGAGAAAACGAACGAUUGUUCAGCGGGCUUUUUUUUUUGUUUUGUCGCACUCAGGAGAAGCAACACAAAAGAGGAAGGCGGCAAACUUUGACGUCUAACUU